AUGCACCUCUGGCACACCUUCAUGCUGCUCGAGAAGACGGUGUUCUACACCUUCAUGCGCGGCGACUUGGUGGGGCGGGGCCACACCGGCGACGCGGAGGUGUCGCUCCCCGGCGCGUAUCUCUGCAUCACGCACGACAUGGUGCUCGUGAUGCGCGACAACGGCACCAUCCCGCGGUGGAUCCGCCUGCACGACGUGCACACGUUCGAGUGCAACACCGUCGCCAAGCGCCCCUUCUUCGCGUUCCUCACCGACGACCCGUCGCCGGACAUUCUGUUCAUCCCGACGCCGCCGGCGUACGGCCCCACCGCCAUCGCGGCGUUCUCCGGGUUCAAGGCGGUGCUGAGCGUCAAGGCGGUGCUGCAGGACGCGUGCUUCGCCUCGCACGGCAUCCGGCGCGCGACGGAGUUCGUGGACGCGAACUGGGCCGCCAGCGUGCGGGCGUACUACACCGCCAAGGAGGACACGCGCCGCUUCAAGUUCAAGCCGCUCUCCGGCUUCGACGACUCGCUCAGCUGCCUCAUCCCGAAGGUGCAGCUGGCGAAGGUCUGGCAGGAGGUGCUGCAGGAGCAGCGCUCACGCUCGAGCGACGACGUGGCCGCCAUCCCGCUGGGCGGCGCAGGCGCUGGUGGCGGUACGCUCCUCUCGAGCAAUGAGAUUAGCACUGUGCGGCGCCGCAUGGACUUGGUGCAGUCGCGCUCCAGCAGCGAGAUUGUCGGCAUGCCGCUCGACAGGCUGCUCGGCUCCCGACGGGAGCGCCUCGCCACGUCGCUCGAGACGCCGACCAUCCGCCCGGAUAGCUUUGCUAUCGCGCAUCAGCAGCAGGAGGUGGUGUACCAGCAGCCCGGCACCUGCUACCUCCCGUCGGACGCGUCGCUGAUGGUCGUGCAGCCCGGCCACGAGCCGCACUUCGGCCCGGAGAGCAACGUGGCGGAGCUCGUCAACACAAGCCUGGUCGCGAUCGGCGCACACUCGGAGACAAAAGGGUACCCAGCCGCAAAGGAGGGAGCAGAGCCGCCCAAGCAAUAA